CGCUCAUUUAGCUGCUGUCAAAGCGCGCGGCCCGGGCACGCUCUGGUAACUUUUCCCAGUACAGCUUCAACCAAAGUAAGCUCAAACAACUGGUUUCUAUUCUUCGCUGCGCUCGCGGAUGACAGCAAAAAAGGCGAAAAGGGGAAGUGAGGAGCAAGUUUACCUCUGAGUGGAUUUCAUCCUGAGCACCUUUUCAUCUCCCUCCGUGUCUUUCACUCUUCAUCUGUCUCUUCCUCGGAGGUUUAGCUGCGCGCGGGCCAGCCUGAAUGUUUCUGUGUUUUUGACUGAGAAGUGUUGUCCUACAAAGACGAGGUGAAUGUACAGCAUCAUGAUGGAAACGGACUUACAUUCCCCCGUGGUGCCCCAGACCAACCCAUCCAACCCGGGGGGACACGCGGGAGGAGGAGGCGGGGGGCCCGGCGGUAAGGUCCCCCAGGACAGAAUCAAGAGACCCAUGAACGCCUUCAUGGUGUGGUCCCGGGGCCAGCGGAGGAAAAUGGCACAGGAGAACCCCAAGAUGCACAACUCGGAGAUCAGCAAGCGGCUGGGUGCAGAGUGGAAGGUGAUGACCGAGGCGGAGAAGAGACCAUUCAUCGACGAGGCGAAGCGGCUCCGGGCCAUGCACAUGAAGGAACACCCGGACUACAAGUACCGGCCGCGGAGGAAGACCAAGACGCUGCUGAAGAAGGACAAGUACUCUCUGGCCGGCGGGCUCCUCGGCUCACCUGCGGGUGUCGGGAUGGGCGGCGGGCAGCGGCUGGAGAGCCCUGGUGGGGGGCACGCGGGGGCAAAUGCGGGCUACGCCACGCACGUGAACGGCUGGGCAAACGGCACAUACUCGGGCCAGGUGGCGGCUGCAGCGGCGGCGGCUCACGCGAUGAUGCAGGAGGCGCAGCUGGCGUACACGCAACACCCAGGCACCGCAGCUCACCCGCACCACCCGCACCCGCAUCACCACCCGCAUCACCACCCGCACAACCCGCAGCCCGUGCACAGGUAUGACAUGAGCGCCUUAUCUUACAGCCCCAUCUCAAACUCUCAGAGCUACAUGAGCGCUUCUCCGCCGGGCUACGGCGGGAUCACCGGCUACACUCACCAGCACCAAAGCUCCGGUGUCUCCCCAGUGUCCGGGGCGAUCGGAGGGACUUUGGGGUCCCUUGUGAAAUCUGAGCCUAGCGUGAGCCCCCCGGUUUCCACCGCACGCGCACCACCGCCGUGCCCUACGGGGGACCUGCGGGACAUGAUCAGCAUGUAUCUGCCGACCGGAGAGGCGGCGGGGGAGUCCCCCGUUCAUAGCAGACUGCACGUGCUCCACCCGCAGCACUACCAGAGCAGCGGCUCCACUCCGGUAAACGGGACGGUUCCCCUGACUCAUAUUUAAAUCUCUAAAUGUACUAUAAGCACUACAAACCACAACCAAAUAUUUAAAAACUUAGAUGUGGGCGCAGGCUGCUGAUGAAUUGUAAAUUAUAGGCGGUUAUAGCCAUAAAAAUGCAAUCACUUUGAACAAACUUUUUUAUUGUUAUUUUUAUUUUCUCUCAGUGAUGGAUUUAUGUCUGUCCGAGCUAAAGGAAAGCGCAUCCGAUUUACUUUUGCUCUCUGGAACAGAGCAUGCCAAGUUUUGACACGAUUUAAAUUAUAAUCCGUGAAGGCUGGUGCAUUUUGAAGGUUAUUUUUUUCCGACUUUUUCUGUGGAAUUAAAAGGCACCAGCGGUGUGUUUGAGGGAUCCUGAAAACCUGUUUAAAGAGGGAACCGUAUAAUAAAUGGAGGGCGGUGUGGAAGAUGUGUUUUAAAAAAAAAAAAAGUUUCUAGGCUGCAAUUUAAAUUGAUUUCCAGUUUUAAUGCUUGUAAACAUGUGAGUCAGUCGGUGUAAUUUGAAUUUGUUUUUGUUGUUGUAAAAUCUUGUAAAUUGUGAAUAAAUAGGCCUACUGAAAACGCUUUAAUGCAAGUGUACAUAAUUUACAAUAUACUAAGCUUCUUUUUCGGGUUCAAACAAUUUUUGCGCUGAGUUUAACACAUUAAAAGUGUGAGGUUUGUUGGUUUGUUUUAUAUUUGCAGGUGGUUUAAAAGGCUCAUGGAAACUGUACUUCCGAUAGUUGUUUACAUUUAAUACAUUUCUAAAAUAUAUUUAAAAAUGCUGACAAGCUUAUUGCAUCACGCGGGUUUAAUGAAAUCGUAGCAAAAAAUCUGGUCAAAUUGUAAAUGACAAAUAAUAAUAAUAACAGUAAUAAUAAUAAGAACAUUACAGGCAGAUAUGUUUUCUAGGUGAUGCCCUUUUUAUUUAUCGGUCAGGCUCUUAAUUAAUUAUUUCUCCUAUAAAAAUAGCCUAACUGAAACAUUAUAUUUAUCUUUUUUCCCCUAAUGGAUAGAAAUGUUAAACCUUCUAAUUACCCUCUUUUUAGUUUACAUAAAUCUUAAUAAUAGGCAUUUCAUCAACAUAAAUUCACGUUGGACAUCAGAAUGGGUGAUGUGUAAGAAUAUGGUCUUUUAAUUGGGAAAAGUAUAUGAAACAGACUACAUUUUUUCCUGUAAUUAUUUUUUGUUUUUUGAUAUUUAUAUUUAAGUUUUCUGUCCACAAUAUCCAUGAUAUCUGUAAUUGUAGAAUUAUGUUUAUCAGAUAUAAGAUUAAUACAUUCAGUUUAUCUGACAGCCUGUCACUUACAGCUUGCACUAACACUUGUUGGCUGAGGAUUUUCUCCACAGAGAGAGGAAGCUAGAAAAUAUAUGCCUAAUAAUGUCCGAUUUUUUGCAUAAAAUGGGGCCACAUUUUAAAUCUACACUCUCAUGGUUAUUAUUCAUUAAUGCCACAUGCAACAAAGAAGAAGGAAACAAGAAACAAAACUGAUAACAGGGAUAAAUUCCAUUUUCAUGAAUUAUGUUUUGUUAUAUAUUGAAUUCCUGUUUCUCUCUCUGUUUCUUGCAUUCUUGCAAAUGUGAAAAUGUAUUGAAGAUUUUUCUUUCAAAAGCUAAAUAGCCUUUUCUAUGAGCCAGCUGCAAAUAUGGAAUCAUCUACGUGAUAAGAAGGCUUCUGUGUUGUCUUAUCACAGUUAACUUAUUAUUUUUGCAGAAAUUCUAGCACAAUUAUUCAUCAACUUGAUUAUGCAUCAUCUGAAAUUUACUUCAGAUCCACUUCCACAUGUUGAUGUUAUGGGUCUGUCUGUAUAUUAGUGCACUCACAGGCCAGUAAGUUUCUUUUUUAUUUACCUGCCUCAGGGUCAUGACCUCAGUGAUUUAGAUCUCAAGCAAAAGUAAAUCCGACAACAACAGUAUCCGCCGGUCAAUGGCCUCGACUGGGCCCACUUCAACUGUGCCUCCACCUCACGGGUCCUCCAACCCUGCCCCGUUCCUCUCCCUCAGCAUCAAACGCCUGCACCUAUGUGUGUGCAAGUCUCCUGGUUGUUAAAUUAUUUCCUUCUUUAAAUUUGAUGGCUGAAUCACUGGAGGCCCUGGGGUAGGAUGGGGCAAGGAGGGAGGAAUGAAUGAGAGGAGGAGGAGGAGGGAGAAGGCGAGGAGAGGAGGUUUUUGUGUUGGAGGAGAAUGGGGAUUAGUCCUGGUGUAAGCUGGGGCAGCCCGGGGGUCACCCCUAACAAAAAGCCCGGCAAACAACACCCCUGGUUUUAUCAGACUAAUUCCCACUCGGGUCUGGACUUAAAAACAAGAGGGCAACGUGGAUGCAAAUCAAAUAUAAUAAAGCUGUUUCCAUGGAUGUCAGCUGUUUAAACUGAAGGUAUUUAUUAGCCCUGAAUGAUCCCUGUGGGAUUUAUUAUAGUUAAAUUCAGAUUGCUUUUAUUUUUGGGGAUUGUUUUUGCUCUUAAAAAUUGGAUUGAUACUCCCUUAAUACAUAAAAAUAUAACAUAUACAUUUAAAUUAAAGCCAACAAACGUGUACAGUUCUGAGGAUGGGGUCAUUUUAAAGAAACAAUGCAUAAAUAUGUUUUUGUAAUUUGUGGAGGUUGUUUAAAAAAGACACAUUUCACCACCUUUUUAACUGCAUUUUACUACUGCAUGACU